ACAACAGUACGACGCGUCAAAACAAACCGCACUCCGCAACGACACGAAAGCAAUAUUACUGUUUUUAUCUACAACAGAAAUUUGCUAUUUUCACCGGAUUCGUCAAAAUGGAAUCAACGAACACUAAAGAAGAUUACAUCCUACAACGAUUGAGCAAAGUGAUGGAAUCUCGUAUCGAAACUGACCGAGAAACCUUGGAUGCACUUUCGGAUUUGUCGACAUUCUUCAAAGAAAACACUCUUCAAUCCAGGCGUAACUUACGAAGUCAAAUUGAAAAAAGGAGCUUAGAAAUAAAUCAGAAUUUUCUGAGUGCAUUUAAGGAAGUAAAAGAAAUGUUAGAUGGUAUUUGCGGUGACAUCAACUCCAUGAAUCGAUCGGUUGAAAACAUGAAAUCGCAACUACACAACACUGAAGUACAAACAAAGGACCUCAUUCUGCAGGCGAACACAUUACAGGAAGAAAAUUCAAAACUGCAGAUUCAACAAAAGAUCGCCAGUGGAUUUUUAUCGCGGUUCCAACUGGCAGUAACCGAACAUCAGAUGUUAUACGGCACGAAACGAGACGCACCAAUUACGACGGAGUUCUUCCAGGUGCUUGAUCGUGUACAGCGAAUUCACGCCGACUGUCGAACGCUUAUGCAAUGCGGAUACCAAACAGUGGCACUGGACAUAAUGGAAGAGAUGACAUUGCACCAGGAAGCGGCACUGGAACGACUAUACCGUUGGACACAAUGUCAUUGCAGGAACGUGGAAUCCAAAGAAAUGGGUGUACUAAUCAUAGAAGCAAUGGCAAGACUGCAGGAGAGACCGGUGCUGUUCAAGUAUGUUAUAGACGAAUAUUCCACGGUGCGUCGUUCCGUGGUUGUGCGAAGUUUCAUUGACGCACUUACAAUUGGUGGUUCAGGAGGAAACCCGAAACCCAUAGAGAUGCUUGCCCAUGACCCGAAACGUUACAUUGGUGACAUGUUUGCGUACAUUCACCAAAUAUUGCCUCCGGAAAAAGAAAAUCUUCAAAUGCUGGUAAGGAACUGUGACAAGGAAGACAUUUUCGAGCAGGUUCAAUCGGCGAUGAUAAACUUAUCGGAUGGUGUAUGUCAUCCACUUCGUGUGCGUGUAGAAACGAUUAUAAACGCAGAGAAGGAUACCAUCGUUCUAUAUUCAAUUUUCAACUUAAUCAAGUUUUAUCAGAAUAUGAUAAAUGGAGUUGUUAAAGGAGGGCAGCUGGAGAACUGUAUGACUGAUAUGCAGCUGUUCUCCGAAGCGACGUACCUGAACAGUCUUACAUUCCAGGUGAAACAGUUACUCCAAGGUCCGAAUGAGAAUCGAAUCGGAUUAGAGCCUCCGCAAACGGAUCUGGUUCCGUCACGAAGUGUCGGUCGUCUGCUGAACCUAUUGAAGGAGAUACUUUCCGUUGCUAGCAUGGUUCCCGGCAGUCAGACUGACAUUGUGAAAAUUGUGGGCAGUGUCAUUGACCCAUUACUACAAUCGGUACAAGAAUCCGCCUCACAUUUACCCACGUCGGACAUGGCAGUGUACCUGUUGAAUUCGUUGUAUCAAAUAGAAAGUGUUAUUUCGAUUUACGAGUACAUGGAAGAGAGAUUGGAGCGGCUGCGUGCCCAGUCGGAUGCACAAAUCGAUACACUGACGUCAGAGCAAGCCUCAUCCCUUGUUGCAAAUUUAAAUUUAGGCCCUAUUUAUACUGUGCUCCAAAGAAAUGCGGUACAGAUCGAUCAUAGGCAUCUGCAGACGUUUGUGGCUAAACUGGAGCAAUUUUUGCAAACUCCCGAAAUAUUGCUAGUUCCGCAGGUAAAUCUUCUCAUUAGCAGUGGACAUCGGGCAACGGUGCAAAAACGAUCUUUCAACGUGAUUAUUGCUAUUUAUCGUCAAAUUUAUGAACGCAUAAAUGACCCCAAGAACGGAUAUAACAAUCCGGAAACAAUUCUGCCUAAAACCCCGGAGCAAGUAGCGGAGGAGCUGUGUGGGUAGGCUUGGCUUAAAUGUAAUAAGACGUAUGAUUAAUUGUUUAAAA